UGAGAAGAAGAAGAAGGAAAGGGGCCGGAGCCAUGGCUCUGCGUUUGAUCCUCCUCCUGCAACUUGCAGUACUGGUAUGGGUGAUGGAAGCUGCCGCUGAACUAGCCCUGCCGGGCUGUGCCAGCCACUGCGGCAAUAUCAGCAUCCCAUAUCCAUCUGGGACUACCCCAGAAUGCUACCUAAACCAAGAUUUCUUCAUCAAUUGCAGCUCCACCCAUCAAGCUUUUCUGACGGACAGUGACAUAGAUGUUCUAUCGAUUUCAGUUUCGGGUCAAUUGCGAGUCCUUUCGCAUGUGGCUCGAGACUGUUACAACAAAUCCGGGCAAAGAGUCGCCAACAACGAUCCAUGGAUGACACUGGCGAAGUUCCCCAUCUCCCAUACUCGGAACAAGUUCAUGACAAUGGGCUGCGACACCUACGCCUUCAUUGAAGGCUCAAGCGGGCAAAGGUACAAGAUUGGCUGACUGUCACUGUGCGAGAGAAUUGAUAAUGUUAUCAACGGGUCCUGCUCGGGGAUCGGCUGUUGCCAGACCACAAUCCCAGCAAAUGUAAGGAGCUAUGAGAUCAGUGUGGACAGCUACAUAAACCAUAGAGAAGUAUGGGCUUUUAAUCCAUCCAGCUUCGCCUUUGUGGCUGAAGAUGGCGCUUUCAGCUUCUCCUCCACUGACCUCCUUGAUUUACAGAAGAAAACCAGGGUUCCUACAGUGCUUGAUUGGACAAUAAGAGAUGAGAAAUGCGACCAAGCAAAGGAGAAUGAAACAAGUUACGCCUGAAAGGACAAUAGCUACAGUUAUAACCCAGACAAUGGUCCUGGGUGUAGGUGCAAUUGCUCAGAGGGAUAUGAAGAAAACCCUUAUCUUCCUCAUGGUUGCAAGGAUAUCGAUGAGUGUGAGGUUGAUCACCCCUGCAAUGUAACACAUACAUGCCAGAAUUUACCAGGAAGUUAUAGUUGCUCUUGCCCAUGCCAGCUGGGUAGGAAGGUGAUAGCAAAAAAGAUG